GAGAGAGAGAUGAUUAGAUAUUGGAAGCAAAUGGAAGGAAAGAUACGGAGAAGAAGGGAAAAGAUGCAGAAGAGGAAACAGAGUAAUAAAGAAAAGAGGGGAAAAUGAGAGUGCUGGGCGCACUACCUGACACUUGGGUCCCAUCUCCCCAUCACUCCCUCCACCACGAACACCAACACCCUGCCUCCCUCUCUCCCUCAUCACCGUCCUCCCUUCUUCCUCCUUUUCUGCCUCCCCCAACACAACAAUUCCCACCUCCAUUAAUCCCCAAACAAGCAUUAAUUGCAUUCUCUCUCUCUCUCUCUCUCUCUCUCUCUAUAAGCGUACCUUCUUCCACCCUUUCUUGAACUCUACCUGUGCUAAGCGACACCAGACAUCCCCUGUUUUCGUUUAUGAAAGGUACUUUGGGUUUACUAGGCAUAGGCGGUGGCGGUGAUUCGCCUGGGAUCUCUGCUAACGACUCAGAUUCGACGGUGUCAAAGGUGGGCAUGUCCUCCGAUGCCUCCUUCUACCCGGCAGAGGCUGAGCUCGAACUGGGUCUGGGUCUCAGUCUCGGCCGCGGAGGCGGCGGCGGAGUUGCUGUGAGACCCAAAACGGUGCCGUAUGUAAGGGGACGUUUCUUGACGGCUAAGGACUUGCCAUCCGUGCUCCCUCACGGCUCUUCUUCUCCUGCCGCUUCUCGCUUUCCAAACAGAGCUUCUGCUUCUUCUAUUGCCGCUGUCUCCGGCACAAAGAGAGCCGCUGAUUCUGUUGCCCAAGAAAUUGCUCCCGCAGGUGGUGGUGGCGUUGUCAGUCAGGUUGUGGGAUGGCCGCCUAUAAGGGCUUAUAGGAUGAACAACUUGGUUAACCAGUCAAAGACUCUGACCUCUGAAGAAGAUGAGACUUGCGAGGAUGAUAAAUUUAAGGAUACUUCAAAGAAAAAAGUGUACAAUGGUAGCAACAAGAAGAAUACUACUACUAUGGAAAAAGGACAUCUUGGGUUUGUUAAGGUUAACAUGGAUGGAUUGCCAAUAGGGAGGAAAGUGGAUCUAAAUGCUCACGCUUGUUAUGAGACUUUAGCCCAAGCACUGGAGGACAUGUUUUUUAAUCCCACCACGGGCAUCACUUCCAUUCGUUCGAGUGGAGAGAGUGAGCAAGCAAGAAAGGCCUCCAAGCUUUUGGAUGGAUCAUCCGAAUUUGUGCUCACUUAUGAAGAUAAGGAGGGGGACUGGAUGCUCGUAGGAGAUGUUCCUUGGGAGAUGUUCCUCAACACGGUGAAGAGGUUUAGAAUCAUGAAGACAUCGGAAGCUAAUGGACUUGCUCCAAGAUUCCAAGAAACUGAUGGUUGGCAAAGAAGCAAGCCGGUAUAGGAGUCAUUGCAGCCUUGUCUUCAAUAUUUUAACUCCAUUAAGAUGAAAAACACUACUUUCAACUUGGAAAGGAAAAUCAAAGAGUUUGCUGAAAAGACGGAUCAUUUUACUAAGCUUGGUCUUUGGAUGCAGUUUUUGUUUGCCUUUAUGUUAUUUCAAUUCUCACAUGUUCUCUGGUUGUUGCUUUGUCUUUCUCCUCACCCGGUAGUGCCACACCCCAUCGUUUUAGUUCUCACCAGCUAUUAUACAGUGUCAUACACACCUGCAUACCCUGGCUGAAUGCUGCUUUUUUCAUACUGUAAAUACAGGAGUGCUUCAUAUUUAGGGUUUGAGCUUGCAGCAUUAUUGUCUGUUUUUAUUGGUAAUAUAUAGAAGAGAAGCUUGUGUGGUUUUCUUUA